AUGGUCAAUGCCAGCAGCUUUGCGAUCACCAUCGAAGGCGGCGCGAGAUCCACUUUGAAGGGUUGCCUUCAGGUUCGCUGCAGGUGGGAAUGCCGUGGUUCCAUGGCCCGCGUGACGCAGAUCCAAGUCGGCACGGACGGCUUGGCUGUUGUGGUGGCGAAGAAUGGCAGAGCCCACGACUGCCUGACGUCCCCGGAAGUGGGCGGUCUUACCCUGGCCAUGCUGCACUGGAUGUUUACGAGCUGGAGCAACGCGCAGCUCCAGGACUUCGGCCUGGACCUUGCCUCGGUGAUCCCCGACGAUGACGGCGACGGCGUCAAGGAGUGGAGCGACUUGAACCGGAAUUGUCCGGAGGUGCCCAUCAACACUUACGGUCCUGGAUCCGACUCGGGCACCUACGACUUCUUCGGCGAGGCCACGUUGUGCAAGAGCUGCUUCAGCGGGACAGAAGGCUACGAAGCCGAAGGCUUCCCUUAUUGCCCGUCGGACAAGCACAAUGCCCUGGAACAACUCACGGCAGAUGGGGACAUUGCCGCCUACAUCCAGAGCCAGAGGCCCGUGAACUGCUACAUGCACUCGGAAUCCGACUAUCAGCUCUACCAGUGGCUCUCAGCGGAUACGGGUGGCAUCGCCUACUUCGGCUACGCGUAUUACGCUACAUUCGCAGGUCAGCUGACUGUGGCACGGAUCGCCAGUGAUGCCUACAAGGGGGUCAAGGACACGGCCGACGCGAAGGUCGAGCCUUCCACCUACACGAUUACGGACGGCUCCUACAGCGUCUACAAGCGCGAGUUAUUCAUGAAUGUGGACAACGAGGCCUGGGACAGGGUGCACCCGUACCUCAGCUAUGGCUUCAGCCCGGCGGGGCAGUCUCUGGUUGCGUCCGUGGGCUACGUCAGGGUGAAUGCGGCCUUGCUGGCCAAGAUGAAGAUCAGGAUCGAAGAGAGGGGAAACGAGGAGGCGGACUACGUGUCCGUCGCCCCAUCCAACUGCGCCAUUGGAACCGAGUUGAGCUCUGUCCCGUAUGUCAACCAGCUUCCCGGCACGCACGUAAUGGCACCAGGCCACAUGGACCCAAACAACGUCAGCUCAUGUCUAGUGCGUGUUCUCGGAACAGAAACGCAAAUACAUCAGAGACAUCCGCUGCCAAGGUUUGGGAACAACAAGAUCAACUACACCUGCGCCCGAUGCCAGCCGGGGACCUUCAAGUUCCUCGACACUCCCACGGCUUGCACGCGCUGCGAAGCCGGGCGCUUCUCGGACCAGGACGGCAGGGUCGGGGGAGACGGGGAAGAGGAAAAAGGCAACCCCCCCACCAAAUUCGCAGAGGUGGGCCAGAGCACCUGCGGGCUCUGCGACGUGGGCUACGAGGCCGUGAACGGCACGUCCUGCCGGGCCUGCGAGCCCGGGUUCUACAAGAGUGAGGCGGCUGCGGCCGCCUGCUCUCCCUGCGCCGCCGGCAGGUUCAACAACCAGUCCGCGCAGGCUGACUGCGGCUACUGCAGCCCCGGCUUCUUCGCUCCGGAGGGCUCCACGCGGUGCACGGCUUGCCCGCUGAACGAGAUCGCCGCGGUACCGGGCUCCGCAACCUGCAGCUACUGCGGCGAGGGCUUCACCACCACGCAGGUGGGCUCCACCUCCUGCCGCCGCUGCCGGGCUGGGUCCUACCGCUCCACCGAGCCACAGUGCGUUCAGUGCCCGGAGCCGAAGACCACCGCCUUCCAGGGCGCUGUGCUCCGGGGUGAUUGUGUCUGCCCGGCUGGGCAGUACCUGCGAGAUGGGCUGACAGGCGACAGCGUGGAGGCUAUGGCCAGCGGCAGUUGCACGGAAUGUGGUGAGGGACUGAACUGCCCUGUGGGCAGCGACCUCCGCAUUUACGCAGGCUUCUUGGCUGGACAGGAGCUGAUGCCGGAGGACCAGCGCUUCCCGCUGCUCGAAGAGGGCUACUUCGCCACCGCCCAGGAGCCGACGCAGGUGUACAAGUGCGGCUCUUCCUCUCAUUGCCCAGGUGGGUUGCCUGGCACGUGUGCCCCGGGCCGGAUCGGCAUCCCCUGCGGCCGCUGCCAGGCGGAUUCCGAGUCUCCCCAUGUGAAUCCACUUACCACUUACGAAGGCACUUCUGGUCUGUGCGAGGCCGGCAUGAAGUUUGAGAACGGCGCCUGCACGGAGUGCAAGAUGGACAGUGUCCCCUUCUUUGUUGGCGCCGUGGUCGCGGCCAUUGUUAUCCCGGUUUUCUACUACUUCAUGAACUCACCCGUGACCGCGAAGGCUUCCACAAUGCUGAGCACAACCAUGGCCUUCGGCAUGACCCUGACUCUGCUGCAGACGAUCGGGCUCGUCGGCUUGGUCUCGCUGAGCUGGCCAUCGUACCUGCAGCCGUUUCUCGACUUUGUGUCUAUCUUCAUGCUGGACCUCGAGUCCCUGAACUUCGACUGCGUGGGUGUGUCCUCGGCCAUGCGCUACGUGACCAGCGUGUUGUGCUGGCCGGCGGCCCUGACUUGGCUGGUCAUCUGCGGCCUCCUGUCCAAGCUUGGGCCGGCGAAGCUGCACUUCGUGAAGUCCAAGGCCCUCAGCACCCUGGGCCAGCUCUUCCAGAUCGGCUUCACGAUCAUCGCCAAGACUGCGCUGAUGCCGUUCAUGUGCUACUCGCAUCCCAACGGGAAAUCAUCCAGCGUCCUCCGAUUCAGUGACGUGAUGUGCUGGGAGGAGCAAACGGGGCACACCAUCAUGGUCAUCUUUGGCGUGAUGAUGACUGGGAUCAUGCUUAUCUACUGGGCGACCCUGCUGUGGUGCACGGUGCAAGCACCCAAGAGGUCGGCAAAAGCAGACUUCUUCUUCUUGCAAGCCACGCGUUUCUUGUUCUUCCGCUUCAGGACCGACUAUUGGUGGUACGGAACCUGGUUCAUCCUACGAGGUCCUCUCCUCUCCUUGCCGGUGGUGAUCUUUACGGACUUGCCUCAGGUUCAGCUCUUCAUCAUGACGGCCGUGUUGGAAACCUACAUGGUAGUGCAGCUCAUGACGUGGCCGUGGAAGACGCCCCUCAUCAACCUGGCGGAUGGUGCCAUGAGCAUGAUGAUGAUCCUGCUGCUCUCCAUCGGGGCCGCCUUUCUGGACGGGCGGAUUUCGAAGUGA